AUAACCUAAUUGAUACGGAGAAGAAAAGGGAAUACAAGUUGGAUUUCUGUUCCUGAUUCCACUGUUUACCAGUACACGCUAAGUUGGCACAAAAAACAUAGUCACUUGAGCUUGACUAUGACUGCAGAAAUAUGGGACGUUAUUAUUGUUGGCGCUGGACUGUCUGGACUGAGUGCAGCUCAUUUGCUCAAAAAAAGGAAUGCCAAGUUGAGAAUACUGAUAGUGGAAGGAAAAGAUCGGGUGGGAGGUCGCACACUGUCUACUGAAAUACCGGCAGCCAAUGGUGUUGAUCGCUGGGACUUUGGAGGACAGUGGGUCGGAAGCACCCAAACACAUAUCUUGGAGCUCAUAAAAGAGCUGGGCUUCGAGACCUUCCCGCAAUUCAGUGUUGGAAAGAAGGUGCACCACAUGGGCGGACCAGGUGCCAAAGUUCGCACCUACAGAACCAGUAUCCCUGCUCUAUCCCCACUGGUGCUAAUGGACAUCACCCAGCUCCUUUGGAAGAUUGACAGAUUGUGUGCCACAGUAUGUGUGCACGAUCCUUCGAGGACCCCCAACGCUUUUGAACUGGACAGUAUGACCCUGCACUCAUACAUUGAGCAACAUGCCUGGACUGCAGAGCUCAAAGAGGAGUUGGGACUGUGUAGCAGGUCUGUCUUUGGCAUGGAGCCAUCCCAGAUGUCCUUCCUAUUCUUCCUCAUGUAUGCGGCAGCAGCUGGAGGGCUACUACCGCUGCUGGAGAGCACUCCAGGUUCCGCUCAGGAGUUCAAGAUAAAGGGAGGCACCCAGCAGCUUUCAGAGUGUCUUGCAGAACGUAUUGGGUGGAAGUAUGUCCGGCUGGGUUCUGCCGUGACGGCCAUAUGGCAGGAUGCUGAGUGGGCCAGGGUGACGACCGUCACCAACACCUUCUUGUGCAGAGCUGUGAUUGUCACCUGCCCCCCACAUUUGGCAGCAAAGAUCCACUACCAGCCAGCCCUGCCCAGCCAGAGAGAAUUCCUUACCCAGAACAUGCCUGUGGGCCACAUGAUGAAGUUCAUAAUUACCUACAAGACGGCUUUUUGGAAGGAGAAGGGCUUCUCUGGGGAAAUAGUCGCAGGAUCAUCUAGUGACUGUCCAUUCUGCGUAACCUUUGAUGCCACUAGCCCCAGUGGUAAUGCUGCCCUGGUCGGCUUCAUUGCUGGCCAGCAGGCUUAUCGAUGGAGCUCCAAGGAGGAUGGGGAGAGAAGAAAUGCUGUGCUUUCCAGUCUGGUCAAAUACCUAGGUCCUGAGGCUGCAUCUUUCAUCCACUACGAAGAGAAAGACUGGGCUAAGGAGAACUACAGCGGGGGCUGCCCUGUUAAUGUCAUGGCACCAGGUCUGCUGACAUAUUACCACCCUAGCCUGAGGAAGCCCUGUGGCAGAAUCCAUUGGGCAGGCACAGAGACAGCCACCCAGUGGUGUGGGUACAUGAGUGGUGCAGUACAAGCUGGUCAGCGAGCAGCUCUGGAAGUACUGGCUGAACUCUGCCCCAUGGCCCUGACCCAGGAAGACCAGGAGUCAGUGCAGAACAGUCAAACUGCCAAAGGUCCUGCCAAGCAAACACAAACAUCCAAACUCACGUACAUGUCUACAAGCAAGGUUGUGGUCAUAGCAACACUGACAAUAGGUGCUGCUCUCUUGCUGGCGCAGCAUCAAACUGCAUUGCUAAAGGUCAAAACUUACUUGAUGAAUGUAUUUUGAACUACCAGGCAUAAUAUAUUCUUAUUGUAACAGAAACCUUUAAAACAGGUGUAUGUUUCACCUGGUUUUGCUGGGGCUCCAGAGGAAAGUUACUCUGUCCACUGAUAUCUGAUGUUUGUUUUCUUUUCUUUUCUUGGCUCAGGCCACGUAAAAGUUAAACUCAAUUAUAUUGAUUUUCAUUAUAUUGUAUACCAAAUUAUAU